AUGCUGACCGACCCCAUUCCUUGCGCCUUUUUACUACCAGAAAUACACGCCCUACCCGCAUCGCCCCUCGACGACAAGGUCGACGAAGUUUCUUUUAAUAACCAGCUCGAUAUUCCAUUCGGAUCUACUGCAUUUCUUUCUUCAUAUUCUUCCGCUUCGUCCUGCUCAAACCGUAGCAGCUCCGACCAGUUUUUCUCUAGCCCUGAACUCCCAAGUAUCAACACCGAUCUCUCCUUCGGCUCAGACUUGCCCAACAUGGCUUUCGAAAGUCCCUCUUUUGCUCAACAACAGCAACAACAUCAUCAUAAUUAUCAACAUCAUCAACAACAACAUCCAAAUUCUGUUUCAGGUGGUGUUCUUUCUUUCCCCAUGGUAAACUACCCGAUGUCAUCAUCUCCUUCCGCAUCAACAGUCCAGGUAGGUCUUCAAGUAACAAAUGCACUCUACCAGGCUCCUCCAAGGGGUUCUAAAAAAACUAAAAAUCGCAAGCGUAGCUCGACAGAUGCCUCCUCUAGUGAUGGAACUGACGAUGGAGAGGAGGAAAAGGCACAAACUGAUUACGGCUAUAAUCAUUCCAUUACUUCAGCUGCUGUUAAAGCCCUUGGUUCUGAAGGUUCUGAGCUUGCUAAACAGUUUGCAAUGGGCGUUGUCCCCAAGCCUGGAGGUCAGCCGGCUGUUCUCAAGAGUCUUUUAGUCCCCAAUAACAAUACACCUUUAAAUUCAUCUUUCUCACCUUAUCCCUCAUACAUGAAUAACUCGGCAGCUACUUCGCCAACUCCACCAGCCGCCUUAGCUCCAUCUAGUGGGGUUCCUGGUCGCAAGAAAAAAAAUAUAAACGAAAUGGAUAACGAUGAGCGGUUGCUUGCAUCUGAAGAUGCUAAGAAGCUUACUUCGCGCGAGCGCCGGCAGCUGCGCAAUAGAGUUUCUGCUCGUCAUUUCCGUUUACGCAGAAAAGAGUAUUUGUCUCAUUUGGAGAGUCUUGUGGUCAAUAUGACUGCCAAAAUCAAUAAGAUGCAAACCUCAAUUAAUGAUGCAAAUCAGUCGCGUGAUAUUUUAGAUCUCAUUUCGAAAACAAAUCCUGAAAUUGUGCAGGAAGCUAUGAGGGAAAUUCAAAAAGUCAACAUUGCACAAACUCAAGCUCAAGCUCAAGCUCAAGCUCAAGCUCAGGCUCAGGCACAAGCGCAAGCUCAGGCUCAGGCUCAAGCUCAGGCUCAAGUUCAAGCUCAGGCCGUAGCACAAGCACAUGCUCAGUAUGCCGCUCAACAGCAAGCAACUCCUCAACUUCGUCUACCUCAAUCUCAGCAAGUUUCAUUUUCAAACAUGGGUUUCCAGUUACCAAUUCCAACUCCGCCUGCUGUGACUGCGUUAUACCAACAACCCAUUUUAUCUAGUCCUCUUAGUUUUUACGGAGGUCGGCCCAUGGCCUCUACCACUGCAUCACCCAGUGCUACUGGGAUCCCUGCCCAUGCUAAUGCUUGGGGACAACAGCAACAGCAACAACAGCACCAGCACCAGCACCAGCACCAACAACAACAACAACAACAACAACAACAACAACAACAACAACAACAACAACAACAGCCUCAACAACCUCAACAACCUCAACAACCUCAACAACCUCAACAACCUCAACAACCUCAACAACCUCAACAACCUCAACAACCUCAACAAUCUCAACAAUCUCAACAAUCUCAAAUAUAUUUGCCCACGCCUCAAUACCAAACUCACAGUCGCCAGCAAAGUAUUUCCGACCCACCAUUGCUUGUCGCCACUUCUACUGCUGACUCUAUCCGCAUGAAGCCUAGCAUUGUUAAUCUCCUUCCAUCACUUACAACUCCUAGCUCAUCAUCAACUAAUAGCACAGUAGGCUCACUUCCACCCAUGUCAUCUUCAGCAGUUGCUUCACCACUUAUUGCAUCGCAAGCUAUUAGCACGACGUCUUCUCCAAAUCAACACUCUGGAGCUAUAGCUAAUGGUAUAUCACAUGAUAAGUCAGCUGCAAUGAAUAGCAAUAAUAAUAACGGAACUAUGCUGGAUCCUUCGUUACUCAAUUUGAGCUUCCAGUGGAACGGUAAGUCUGAGUCUUCAGCCUCGUCAUCAGCUUCUUCGACUUCGUCUUCUUCAUCUUCUACAUCGGUUUCUUCAGUUUCUACUGGUGAUGGUGGGCCAAGCAGCGGUAUUUCUGGGCCUGGAUAUAUUCAGCUUCCUCACCAGCAAAUCUACCGAUCUGCUGUGCCUGACCUUGAGACUCUACUUCAGAAUAUGAAGAUUAAUCAGGAGUUGAAGGCAGCUAGCGAAAAGGAUAUUGAUAAGGUUGAGGUCAAAGAUGAAGUUAAAAAGGAGGUCAAGGACGAGGUUAAAAAUGAGGCCAAGAACGAGGCCAAAGAAGAGGCCACGGAAAAAGAUGAUGAUGCAAAGGCCUCCAACACCAAUGAUGAUGAUGGUGAUGAUGACAAAAACAACAACAGCAAUAGUAAACCUAAGCAAGUCAGUGCGUCCUUUAUAGCCAAGGGUAAAUGUGUAACUCCUCCAUCAGCAACUUCUCCUGUGACAGCUUCUCCUGUUUUUGCUACAGCAGGGACUAAAAUUGGGGUUGCUACAGUUGACACUGGUGUUACGGAUAUCAACAACAAGAAUAAAGAAACUGAUAUGGAACAUAUGAAGUUACCGCUUUUGACUGCAGACGCCAUUUUCCGCCGACUGGACCAGCGUAUGGCCAACAUUAAGAUUCACUAA